GAGAGUGCGGAGACCAGCAGUAGCAGCCGCAGGGAGGACUCGGAUCUCGUCCCGGAUACAUCGAUCCUUCGAGCAAACGCAGACGAUCUUCGAGGCAGCAACGAUCGGAGAGAUCGAGGACGAAGAGCUGCUGAAAGGAUUCGAGAGCCCCUCCAGUUGUGAGCCAACAUGCAGGCGAUGCGCGCCACGGUCCAGGCCUCGCAGCAGGCCUGGGGAUUGAACUCCAGUGAGGCUCUGCGCGCGCGUCGCCGUGUUGUGUCGAGCAGGAGCAGCAGCUCUGUGUCGCUGCCGGUGCUGCGGAGUGGGCCUGUGGCUUCGUCUCUUUCCUGGAAGAGGCAGAGCAUCAAGAGCAGCACCAGCGGCGGUGCAGCCACGGCCAACCUCAGCGAUGCUGCAGUUCUCAAUCGCCAGUUUUGGUCCGGAAAGGUUGUGAAUCCUAUUACUCAGGAGGAAAAAUCUGCUCUUCCCACCCAGGGAUUGGGAUUGGGUUUGGGCUCCGGUGUGAGUCUGAGGAGGAGGACUAGCGUGCGCGCACAGGCAGCCGCUGCAGCCAGUGAGCCUGCACCAGUCAGCAAGCCCGUCAAGAAAAUCUUCGGUGUGGAGGCCGUUACUCUGAAGAAAGUGAUACCUCUUGGUCUCAUGUUCUUUUGCAUUCUGUUCAACUACACCAUUCUUCGAGACACCAAGGAUGUGCUCGUCGUGACGGCGAAGGGGAGUAGCGCUGAGAUCAUUCCGUUUUUGAAGACAUGGGUGAAUCUUCCCAUGGCUAUCGGUUUCAUGGUUAUCUACACCAAGCUGUCCAACACUUUGUCCAAGGAGGCCCUCUUCUAUUCAUGCAUCUUCCCUUUCAUUGCCUUUUUCGGAGCAUUCGGAUUUUUCAUGUAUCCAUUGGCCGACGUUCUUCACCCUACCAACUUCGCCAAUAUGUUGUUGGAGAAGCUCGGACCCAGGUUUAUGGGACCUAUUGCCAUUAUCCGAAAUUGGACUUUCUGUUUGUUCUACGUCAUGGCCGAGCUUUGGGGUUCCGUGGUGGUGUCGGUUCUUUUCUGGGGUUUUGCCAACCAGAUCACCACUGUCGAUGAGGCCAAGCAGUUCUAUCCACUUUUUGGGCUGGGUGCCAAUGUGGCCCUUAUUUUUUCAGGACGUACUGUUAAAUACUUCUCCGAGGUGCGAACUCAACUGCCACCCGGUGUUGAUGGGUGGGCGUACUCCCUUAGAGGAAUGAUGGGGCUGGUCGUCGGACUUGGAUUCGUCAUUGCAGCUAUCUAUUGGUGGGUGAACAAGUACGUGGUGAACGAUCCUACAUUGCCAAAGGCCGAGGCUCGCAAGAAGAAGCAAAAGCCUAAGAUGGGAAUGGUGGAAAGUGCCAAGUUCUUGUUAUCUUCGAAGUAUAUCCGAGAUUUGGCCACCCUUGUUGUUGCGUACGGUAUCAGUAUCAAUCUUGUCGAGGUGACUUGGAAGAGCAAGCUGAAAGCUCAGUUCCCCGGUCCCAACGAGUAUUCUUCUUUCAUGGGAGACUUCUCGACGUACACCGGAGUUGCUACCUUCAGUAUGAUGCUUCUCAGUCGUGUCAUCUUUAGGAAGUUCGGAUGGGGAGUGGCAGCCCAAAUCACGCCCGCAGUCCUGCUUAUUACUGGAGUUGCCUUCUUUGCAUUGGUUCUCUUCAGUGGUCCCCUCACCCCUGCUCUGGCUGGUAUGGGUUUGACGCCUCUUUUGGCUGCCGUGUACAUUGGAGCACUCCAAAACAUUUUCAGCAAGUCCGCGAAGUACAGUUUGUUUGAUCCUUGCAAGGAGAUGGCCUACAUUCCUUUGGACGAGGAUACUAAGGUGAAAGGCAAGGCCGCCAUUGAUGUCGUCUGCAAUCCUCUCGGCAAAUCAGGAGGAGCUUUGAUUCAACAAUUCCUCAUUAUCACCUUCGGGUCAUUAGCAAACUCCACUCCAUACUUGGGUGCCAUCCUGUUGAUCAUUGUUCUAGCCUGGUUGAAUGCUGCUCGUUCUCUCGACUCGCAGUUUACUCCUUUGGUUCAGAAGGAUCUCAAGAGCAAGUUGCUUGAAGGAAAGCUGUCCGCCAUAUCAUCCGCUAUCACCGGCAAAUCUAAAUCUCAGCGAGAGGUUUCUUACCGAUUCGUUAGUGUUCUCAACGAGCAAGGAUUUAUUGAAGGACGAUAUGUGCCCGUUGUUGACGGGAAGCCUGUUCCAGAGGGUACUGAAGCUGAAAAGGAACCCUUGGUUACUAAUGGAGAUGCGCUAGCCCGCAAGUCAGUAGAGGGAGAAGAUUCUACGGACACGCCCGCGGCCACAGCAGCACCUGCCUCGUAAACUAUCUACAAUUAAGAAGGUUUACAUACUUGCUGACUAACUGCUACCUUCAUGGCACAUUUCUCAUCCUCCAAUCGACCGGUUUUGCUCUUCAAAUGAGGAUGUUUUUACUGCAUUGGAGAGGUCCAAGUCCACAUUAAACUGCUGAACUGCCCGAUGGGUGGAGAAACACGAACUAGGAACGAGGAUUUGGUGCAGGACAAUCGGCAUUGGGCGUAUGUCAGUCAUCACUGGCCACAGUUUUGCAGUAUCAGAUAAUGUUGAAAAUGAGUUUGUAGUUUAGGCAGGUGAGCGAGCACCUCAGUUGGCCUUGUUAUGCCAACUAUUUCUGACUUCAUUUACUUUCAUCCUCGAAGUUGAGAUGGCAAAUCAAAGCAAAACUUGGAAGCCCGGCAGUCGGGGACGUUUGGUGCUGAGAUUAGUCCUUCUAUCGUAGGCCUAGCAGAUCCGUGGCUAGUGUUCGUGUAGUUUGAUACAUCGAUGAUAUGGAUGGACAUUCCCCCUUAAUCUACUUUAGGAGUGUACAGGAGUAAAGUUGAAGUCAUUAUUUCAUAGUUCAGGGUAAUUGGAUAUACUGGGGUGCCAUUGUGAACAUUCCGCAAUGGUCUUCCAGAAGGUGAUAAAAGGCAAGGUCGACUUCGUCUUUGCAACCCCGGGACCGGUCCUGAAGCUUCUGCCAACGGUAGUUUGCCGCUUUGCUUUAAUCUGCCUUCCGCCUCAGCUGACGGACACAGUGUCCCUCAAGGACCAGCUAUCUCCAUCAAAACGUUAAACAUGCUGGAAUUAUCUACCUGCAAUAGUCAACCCCCAUUAUGGAAGUGAAUUUCCCCGUUCUUCACCUUUUCACUCUUGUACAUAGGUUAGUGCACAUUAGCAAUUAGCUCAUUUUUUCAUCCAAUCAAACUUAGUAAUUAUUCUCAUUGGCAUCCGGAUAAUACAAUUCUUUGAAGAAAACAUCG